AUGGCGACUACCGCGGUAGAGCCUGAACAGGCUGGCGCGAGGCCGAAGGCUCCUCCCCGAAAAUACAAGGCUUCGGAGCUUCCACUUCCCUCCGCGACGAGAGCGGCCAUUGAAUCUCUUGCCAAUGGAUUUAAGAAAAAGGGAGACUACGAUUCUAUUCGAAAGCAGGUUUGGGAUAGUUUUGAGACGAGUGGCUAUGAAACUCAAGUCACAAAGUCCAUUCUCGAAGUCGCCGAGCAAGAAAUCGAACGAAAUCCCAAUCAGCUCCUUACCCUCGACCGCGGAAAAGCAGCUGCGCUCAUUGACGGUGCGCUGGAGAGAUCGGGCAUCUAUCAGAAGGCCCAAGACAUGAUUGAGAAGCUCAUCGACACAAGCGCUAUCGAACAGCGUAUUCGCGAGCUCAGACGAGCAGAAAUCGGCGACGAAGAGGCCGCGGCCGAGCAGCAACGUGGAUCGAAGACCGACGAGGAAUACGCUGUGGAGACCGCCGCGAGGAAAGCGGAGCGCGAGCAAUUGCGGGAAAAGCUCAGGCUCCAGGAGCUCGCUAUUCAGGAAGAGAAGCGGAAGAUUGCGAGAGAGGAAAGAAAGCGGGCGGAAAGAGAGCGGGAGAAGGAAGAGCUCAAACGCCGCGAGGAGCGUGAUGCGCGGCGAAGGGAGCGCGAAGAACGACAGCGGGAACGAGAGCGGGAACGGGAUCGAGAACGAGAAGAACGGUUGCGUAAUCGAAGCCGAGAUCGAAGUCGCGACCGGGAUAGGGACAGGGGCAGGGAAAGGGAUAAGGACCGAGAUAGGGGUCGGGAAAGAAGCAGGGAAAGGGACCGGACUCGCGAUUACGACCGGUCGCGGGAUUACCGAGAUCGGUCUCGUGAUCGCGACCGUGACCGUGACCGUGACCGUACCCGGGAUCGGUCUCGCCACCGAGAGAGGGACCGUGAGCGAAGUCGAGAUCUUAAUCGCGAUUGCACUAGCUACAGGGACAAGGACCGGAGAGACCGAGAUCGGGACCGGGAUGAGGAUCGGGAACGACGGAAAAAUCGAGAACCCGAGCCCGCCACAGUGAAGGAGCUAUCCAAGGAGGAUCAUGAGCGCCUUGAACUGGAAGCCCUGGAAGAUUUACUUCGUGAAUCGAAGGGGGUCGAGCAGAAGCAACCCGAGAUCGAGAUCGAUGAAGCCUUGGCACCCCCGCCCAGGAAAGCCAAGCCUGCAUCUGCCAUCAUGCCGAUCAAGCGCGAGGCUUCUAAGGCGUCCGACCCUAAGAAGAAGGUUGGAGAGGCAACAAGGAGCUCAUCCCGUGCAAGUGAAUCCAAGACCAUUAAAGAGGAGGCAUUGCCACCGACGUCUACCACAGAUACAUCUAAGCGAACUGGCACAGGCGCUGUGAAGGCCGAGGAAAAACCCGAUAAGAAAGAUGCGGAGAAGAGAAACGGAAACGUGAUAGAGACGGGCGAUCUUCUUCUCCUCGCCGUGAGCGAAGUUCCGAUCGGUCUCAUCGGCGAGAAAGGAGUCGCUCGAGGACUCGGCGAGAUCGAGAUCGAGACCGAGACCGCUCGCGGUCCCGAACACGUCGUAACGAUAGGCGUAGAGACCGAUCCCCGGCGCGCUCUGUUGCUAGAGGCCGGAGUCGUUCGGAAACGCGGCCUGAGAAGAGGGAUCGUAGCCGUUCCCGGACUAGGACGGACAGAAGAGAGAGAUCGGGGUCUAGGUCGCGAGCACGCAAGCGGGAUAGGACCCGUUCUCGAUCUCACGCACGCACGCGAGACCGCUCUAGGCCGCGUACGCCAAAGCGCUCAGAUCGGCGUGAUCGCAGCCGUUCUCGCGAUCGGGAUCGAUAUCGUGACCGUGACCGUGACCGCGACCGCGACCGCGAUCGCUCGCGACGCCGAGAUAGGACACGAUCCCGAACUAGAACAAGCAAAGUCACCGUCCAUCAGCACCGCCACCGUCCCCCCCGUCGGCCUGGACAAGGAGGCCAGGGAGGCCUGGAAGCAGGAAGAAGUCAAGAAGCGGGAGCGAGAAGCUAAGGCCUAUCUCGCAGCCCAGCGCGAAGCCAGGGAGAAGGGACAGCCUGUUCCCGGCAUCGAUGACAAGAAGAGUACUGAGGACGGGUCACCAGAGACGAAGAGGCGGGCGGGGGUGGAGGAGAUUGAUCGGUAUGUCCCCAGUGGACGCGAACGUGAGCGUGAGCAGCGUGGACAUGAGCGGAGUACCGCUACCACCGCCACUACCAAGGAGAGGGAUGAACGGCCGGCUCGGCGUCGUAGUAAGUCGCCGAGUCGAAGUGCCAGUCCGGCUCGGGAUAGGGAUAGGGACCAUGACAAGAGCAGUCGAUAUCGCGACCGGUCGCGUGAUAGGGAAAGAGAUAGGGAUAGGGAUGGAGAUUAUCGGCGCCGCGAUCGUGAUCGUGAUCGAUCCAGAGACAGAGAUAGGGAUAGAUCUCGGGACAGAGCCCGAGAUAGGGAUAGGAGGGAUCGGGACCGGGACCGGGACCGCGAUCGGGAUAGGGAUCGGGACAAGGAUAGAGAGAGGGAUAGGGACCGGGAUCGAGACAGAGAUCGCGAAAGAGAUAGGGACAGAGACAGAGACCGGGAUCGCCACAGGGAUCGGGACCGUGAUCGAGAAAGGGAUAGGGAUCGACUUCGAGAUCGAGACCGAGAUAGGAGCCGGGACAGAGACAGGGAUGACCGGCGCAGUCGGAGGGAGAGGAGCCGCAGCCGAAGCCGUAGCCGGCGCUAA